AUGUCGAUCGAAUUCUACUACUUUAUCGUCCCGGUAUUGGCGCUGGUGAUGAUUGGGUUCUGCACGGCGGUCUCGAUACGAGGGCGCUCUCAUCCCCGCGCCGCUCAACAAGACCCCCCAGACCCGGAAAGCCUCCGUCUCGAGGCCCGCAUCCGACCUGUCAUCACCGAGGAGGACGUGGAUCGGUAUUUUCCCGCCCUCGAGUAUGGGCUCUGGAAGGCGACCGCGACCCGAACCGCCGCGACCGAGACACCUGAGACGGCAGGGGCCCCGCCGCCGCGCAAGAGCCACGACGAGCAGGGCCGGCCAAACGAUGAUAUCCCCCGGCCAGACGCGGCGCCCGAGUCCGCCGAGGCCGGCGCCGGCGCGGCGCCCGUGAUUGACGACACCCGCGACCAAUGCGCCGUGUGCAUCGAGUAUUUCGACGAGGAGGAUUGCAUCCGGGCGCUGGUCUGCGGACAUAUCUUCCAUACUCUCUGUGUAGAUUCCUGGCUCACCAAGCGCCGAGCCUGCUGUCCCCUCUGCAAGAUGGAUUACUUUGGGCUGGGCGCGAACGUGCAGGCGGAUGCUCCCGUCGUGAUACCGUCCGCGGUCCCUACGCAGCCUCCUGCGGUGGUCGUGCGAGGAGCCGACCAGCCAUAG